AGAAUCAGCUUCAGGAACUCUGGAAUCUACUUUAAACAACUUUUUACGCACAGCUUUUUCUAAAACUUUCUAUUUUACGCACGACUUUUUGCCAUUUUCUCCAGCGACCGAUGGUGAAUUCUGAGAAAGUAAACCAAAGUUUAUUAUGACUCUUGUGGCAGCUGAAGCGAAGGUGCGUCUGAAGGGACAUUUCUUAACGUUUUUCUCGUAUGGAUUCUUGUUGGCAUUUUAAUUCAAGAAAACUGCCGAGACUGUACAGUUGUGUCCUGAAGCAGAGCGUCAGUUGGAGGCGUUUGGCAAUAAGGACCAUCAAUUCAGUGCCAAGUGCCUGAACAGGAGACACAAGUUGUGCGCAAGCGGUGGAUUUAUGUGAAGUGAAACCAGAAGAAAGUCGAUCAUAAUCUGGAUUCCGUGAUGUAUAUGUGAAAGUUUCCCCCAAUCCGAAUUCAUUUCGUUCGGACAAGGGGAGACUUUAAUGGAUUUUUUAUGUGGGACCCGCUAGGAUGGACGUGGUAGAUGAAACAGAAGCGUUACAGAGAUUUUUUGAAGGUCAUGAUAUUACCAGUUCUCUGGAGCCAGCCAACAUCGACACCAGUAUCCUGGAAGAGUACAUCAGCAAGGAGGACGAUAGCACUGACAUCUGUUUCUCAGAGGUCCACAGCACCCCAGGACCAAAUUACUCAUCUCCCCAGGCAGGAGUGUCCUCCUCCGGAGGGUUAGUGUGUGGUGUAAGCCCCCCUAUCCCACUGCGCCAAGGAGCCCCUCCACCCGGGCCCCCGAGCUGUCAGAACGCCUACCCCCCAGGUCCAUCCCUGGGCCUCCGACACAGCUACCCCUGCCUGGGACAACAACCGCAGCAGCAGCAACACCAGCAACACCAGCAGCAGCAGCAGCAGCAGCAGCAGCAGCAGCAGGGUCACGUCAAGCCUGAGCACAGGGGCCAUUACGCUCCAGGGACACUACCUGAGUCCCCUCCAGACUCCAGCUCUGAGCCGUACUCUCCUCAGCAGGUGAAUGAUCCUCACAUGAUCAGGACCAUGACACCAGAGAACAUGUGUCACAUGACUCCGACGCCACCCCUCCCGCCACACGGCCACUAUCCCAGCAUGCACCGGGACAUGUACCUGAAGCCUGAGCCCAUGAUAUCGCAGUAUCCUAUCGGACCAGCCACGAGCGGAAGUGGAGACAUGCAGCAGACGCAGAUGCUCCAUCAGUUGCUGCAGCAUCCUCAGGGCCAAGACGGCAUCCCUGUUCACCAGGCGAAGAAGAGGAAGCACUCCGACUCUCCCAACAGCACCUUGAAUUCCCAAAUCCUCACAGGUAUCAUCAAACAAGAACCAGGUUUAAUGCAGGAUGCAGACAACGCCUACCUGGACCCAAAUUAUCAGUGCAUUAAGUGGCAGCCUCACCAGCAGAACAAGUGGACACCACUGUAUGAUGCCAACUGCAAAGAGCUUCCGAUGCCAACCUACCGUGUUGACGCUGACAAAGGCUUCAACUUCUCCUUGGCUGACGAUGCUUUUGUGUGCCAGAAGAAGAACCACUUCCAGGUCACAGUAUACAUCGGCAUGCUCGGGGAUCCCAAAUACAUCAAGACAAGUGAUGGACUGCAGCCCAUCGAUUGUUUCUAUCUCAAACUCAAUGGAGUAAAGGUGGAAGCUAUGAAUCAGUCCAUCAGUGUGGAGCAGUCACAGUCUGACCGCAGCAAGAGGCCCUUCAAGCCAGUGCUCGUCACUUUGCCCCCAGAGCAGGUCACAAAGGUCACAGUGGGUCGGCUCCACUUCAGCGAGACCACAGCAAAUAACAUGAGGAAGAAGGGAAAACCGAAUCCCGAUCAGAGGUAUUUCAUGCUGGUGGUGGCGCUGCACGCACAGUCCCACAGUCAGAGCUACACUGUGGCUGCUCACGUGUCUGAGAGGAUCAUCGUCAGGGCAUCCAACCCAGGCCAGUUUGAAAGUGACAACGAGGUGUUGUGGCAGCGCGGCCAACUGCCAGACUCAGUCUACCACCACGGCAGAGUCGGCAUUAAUACAGACAGACCGGACGAGGCCCUUGUUGUCCACGGCAACCUGAAGGUCAUGGGCUCUCUGGUCCACCCGUCUGACAUCAGGGCCAAAGAAAAUGUCCAGGAGGUCGACACCACAGACAAUUUAAAACGGAUUUCUCAGAUGAGGCUCGUCCAUUAUCAAUACAAGCCUGAGUUUGCUGCCACCGUGGGCAUAGAGAACACUGCAGAGACCGGAGUGAUCGCACAAGAAGUUCAACAAAUCCUGCCUGAAGCAGUGAAGGAGGGGGGUGAUGUUGUGUGUGCCAAUGGAGAGACUAUUCCCAACCUGUUAGUUGUCAACAAGGAGCGUAUCUUUAUGGAGAACGUCGGCGCGGUGAAGGAGCUGUGUAAGCUGACAGACAACCUGGAGACUCGUAUAGAUGAACUGGAGCGCUGGAGCCGCAAACUGGCCAAGCUGCGCCGCCUCGACAGCAUGAAGAGCACCGUGAGCGGAGGCACGAUCAGCCAAUCAGGAAGCUAUUUCAGCAGGACAGGGAGCGGCCCACUCAAGAAGAAGACAGUCAAACCUGGGAGCAAGAGUCCGCUUCCAGAUCAGGGCUGCAUCAGUCAGAGGUUCAUGCAGGGGACCAUCCUGGCACUGGUCGUUGUCAUGGCCUUCAGUGUCAUUUCCAUGUCCGUCCUUUACGUGCUCACUCUUCACCAUAGAGGAGACGUCACCGAGAAAGACGGGUCAAGAGCUGCACUGGGAUCCUCACGUAAGAGUGCAUUUACUCCAAUGUCCACCAGUCCUGCACCAGGUUGCUGUUCGACGACAGCCGUAAACAACCAAUCAGCUACUGUUUUGACAUUGAGUAACAACCAAUCCACACCAGGUGUAAGCAGCCUGGUUCCCACACCAGGCACUAUUAUGAAGAAGGCCAAGUCCAGACCCAUGGACAAGGAUGGCCACAACAGAAACCGUCUGAGUCACACCUCAGCACCCAUGUACUUUGCAAAGUCCAAAAGGCCUGUUUCUACAGACCUGGACGGUGUGGGAGCCACCAACCGUCUGCCUGGGGGGCAGCAGCCAGUGCCACGCAGACAACGCAGCCUACACGCAAAGGGAGGAAGGUCAGCUCCCUCUCUCACAAGUGUAUAUAUCGUGGAGACAAACCAAGAAAUCACUGCACAAAGUUGUGCAACAGCAGAGAGCUGCAGCUAUACAAUAUCACUUCAUGGAAAAAGAAAUUCCUCCAUCUCACAAAUCACUUUGCACAUGACGUCCACGAACAGUGUGUGGGUACGACAAUGUGGGACAACCAAGGGCCGCUUAUGCCCCAACCACACGGAAACGGAGCUCUACGGUGAACAGAGUACAUCAACAAAGGGGACUCAUCACCUGUGGUCAGUGCCUGUGCUGUCUUUCCAGGACGUCACUUAUCACUUCCGUGUCUCCCUGUCUGGUGAAGUGAGCUGUGCCACUGAAGGAAAAACCUCAUCAUACUCUGACUACCAUUUCGUCAUUCAGAGCAGCUGUGUGUGAGGAGGAAGACGAUGCUUCCCACUGCCUUUACAAUACACCAUGUUUUUUUCCCAUUUGUAUGCUGUUGUGAUGGGAUAGGGCUUUGUCUCAUUCUUGUACAUUAUUUUAAAGAUAUUCAUACAGAACAAACUAUAUAUUGUACCACUGCCCCCAUCUGUAAUCCCCUCCAUAUGUAUAUGCAUUAAGACAUCUCUUUUUGCUGUGAUCACUGGAGUUUUAAACACUGUUUAAGUUUGUUUUUUUAAAUUUCUGUCACUGGAAAUGUUUUAGAUGACGGCCACUGACUCUUGUGUUGUGCCACUGUUAACUGCUAUUGUAAAAGUAACUCCCAUAAGUUUAUAGCUCACUUUAUUGCUGAUCACUAUGUCUGCCAUACCUAAUAUGAACCAUAAUUACUUUUUAGCAGCAAGUUCAGGCUAAAAUAUCGUAGACGACACUGCGCACAUUUUUGUUUUCUUUUGUGAUACUAUGAAUCUGUAUGUACACUGAAACCAGUGUCACCUGAAAACAAAAGUACUUUUUGAUAGUUUAAUACACUGGAGAGGAGCCUCAGUGAAUCGUUGCAACUCGCAUUAUAAAUAUACCUCAGUAGUGCACACUGGCAAAUCCUGGCUCUCUACAGCAGACCUUUGUGUCGGGGCUGCUGCAGUCGACUCUACUGCAUCUGAUUAAACACUGUACAGAGAGGGAAUACUUUGGAGUAUUUCUAUCUCAGUUGUGGCACUGAAUGAAACAUCAAGAUGUUACAGAAAUGAUUUGUGCAUAAUAACUACACAGAAAUCCUUCCUUAUGUCCCUGAGUCAUGAUCAUUUUAGCAGAUUCACUGGAUGACGUGUGUUAAGACUGGAGAAGAAAACAAAUCACAGGAAAUGAACAUGUAGAUACACUGACCGCUCUUAGCAUCUGAUAGUUGAAAUGCAACAAGUCCAACACUGACAAUAUUUCAAGAAACACUGGAAUAGCUUACACUGUAUUUUGCUAACUGGACAAUGCUGGUAGGGCAAUAAAUGGCAUAAAUCAUUUCAGGUGCAUGCCCAAUCAUUUCUUUAAAAUGAUGCAUCGUUGCUCAGAAGCUGCUUCAGCUUGGAAGUUCUAUUAUACGUCUUGAUCCUAAAGCUGAAAAGAAGUUUAUGUACCAACGGUGCAGUGAUAAAAAUUGGAUAUUAUACACUGGAUUCUUUCAUGCAUUCCUCUGGAUGUUUUAAAUAUUGUCCUGUUCCUUUGCAACUAAGAAUAUGCAGUGAUAACACAUUUAAUAUGAAUUAUAUUAUGGGGUUGUUUUGUAUUACCUUUUCUUGUCUCAGACAAAUUCUCCACCAACUUCCACACAUCAUGCUUUUAGAUGCAUUUGUUGAUGUUUGCUAUUAAAUUCAUAGUCUGUCUGUGUGUCUGUAUUCAGAAAAAAAAAAGUGUAACUCAAAUGUAAUAUCAAUAUUAAAUAGGAAGAACAGCCAUCAGACAAAGUUUAUGAAAUUUAUGAUAAUAUCAAGACCUUGUACAAUGCUUUCAACUAUAAUUAUUAUGUCUUCAGUGGGUAUAGUGUACUAUUUUAGCUUAUUUAUAAUGCACCAGCUAGCAUGAUGAAACCACUGUAGCACUUUUUGCACUGUAUAUAUAUGAACCGCUUUCGCUGUAUCAGACUGGUGUCAGAUACUCUGAUAGACCUGCAUUACAUAUAACUGUAUAGCUUCAUUUUGUUACUACCAAUGCUCCUUUUUAUCUGAAGUGUUUUAUCAUAUUGUUUUUAUAGUUGAUUUUUUUUUGUUUGGGUUUUUUUUGUUAAUAAUAUAUUAACUUUUAGCCAUUGGAGCCCUGAAAUGAUUGAUGAGCAUGAAAACACUCAUACACAAAUACACACACACAUACAUUCGUAAUUUUAGCACUAUUUGUAAAGAAAACAUGGCAUGAGACUAAAACUCGUUGGCUACAUUAAUAUCACUACUUUUUUCUUUAUAGCCCAUUAUAUCAUUACAUUUUGAAAGCUCUUGUUGUCAAAAGUAUGCUGUAAUACUAUGAAUGCAUGCAGUAAAUAAAUUUGUGAUUGAG